UGUAUCCCAUCCAGGAGAGUAGACUUUACAGCAUGCCCACAUUGCAGCAUUCAGGGGCUGCUUUGUGUGAACUGAACACCGGGGGGGACUGAGACUCCCAUCGCCACCAACCUUUCUCCAGGGGAGCACAUUAUUUUUGGGAGAUCCCCCCCCUCCCCCCCCCCCUCCUCUGCCAUGACAAUGGUGCGAACACAUUCCUGGGCUCUAUAGAGCUCUGAAACCCAGACUGCAGGAGAGAUUUGAAGGGAAUAUACCACUAGCAAGAAUGUUCUCAUUCUCUCCUCCGAAACCUUGUCUCUUUUAAGUAAAGCUUGGCAAUUUUCUCCCACGUGAAAUCAACACUCAAGAGACUGUCGGGAAAAAAAAAAAAAACGCCAAAGGAUUGAUCUAAAAGCCUGUGUUUUAGAGAUGUGCAGAAUACAACAAGGGCAUGUGACUGGAGGAUAUUGCAACAAGGAAAUGUUUUUUGCUUGCUGAUUGGUGGGGUAUGGCUUCUUCUGAGCGUUGGGGCUGAGUUGGGUCUUCCCAGGGUUAAACUGUUGUCAAGGAAACUUUGCAUAAACUUUUUUUUUUUACCCUCUUGCUUGUGAUUUUUAUCUCAACGAUGGAAAACCUAACAGGAACUAAAUAGGAUUUAAUUUCUCUGGUCGAGAUGAAGAUUGACUUGGGUUUUUAUCUGUAGACCAAGUCUUCAAACUUUACGGAAUAAAGGAUGCUUGUGUGGAUCCCUUUGCUUUGUUGCCUAUGGAUGGAUUUAAACUUUGAAUGCGUUUUAAUUUAUUCUUAGAAGACUCUCACGACGUAUUUGAACGUCGUUUUUUGUGGAUAUCAAGCAGAAACAGGCCGGUGUGGGAUUGUUUAGAACCAUGGCUGAAAAGGAUGCAGAGAGGAAAGUGCGGAUUUACAGGAGUGUGUCCUUUAAAAAACUAGGGACCUGGAAUGCAAAGGCUUUUAGUGAAGAGGGAGGCACGGAUCUGCCCGGGAAAGGAGAUGUCACCCAGCCCACAUGUCAAAAAACACAUCGUCCUCCUGCCAGAUCGCUUAGCUUAACUAGGAAGGUGUCCAAAAUCUCUGCAGCCAGUAAAGACCAGAAUAUCUCAUCGGUCCGUCAGAUUUCUCAGCGUUUCUCACCCCACAUCAGGGACGAUGGAGCUCAGAGUGACGACGAAAGCUUGAGGAGAACAGAUCUUUUAAGAAAGGCUUGCCAACCUGGGUCUGGGGAGACUGACAAGCCUGUCGAGACUUCGCCGAGAGAACAGCUUAAACAAGGCACGGCUGGCUACGAUGGCAUUUCCCUGGCGCUGCCAGGUAAGUCCCAUGAUUUUCCUGACCCGAGGGAAAGUCAGAGCUCAGGGAUCUCUGUAGAUGAAGUAAACUCUUUCUGUAGUUUUCUACACCAGCCAGAUAACAGAGAAUUGCUAGUUGCGGAGGGAUCAAACUGGCCAAGAGUUACUGAAAUGAGAAAACUAUUUGGGGAGGGUGGAAGAAAACUGCCAUCUAGGGCUUCUUCCCUGCCAGAAUCUGAGGAGCCCAGGCCCCCAGGCCAGUCAGGACCAUUUAUAAAAGAAACGGCAGAAGCAGAGCCCCAAAGACACUGUUCCUUGGAAGCUACAAGCAGCAAAAACAACUUUAAUCACUAUACCAAAGACAGUCCGUCCAGCACAUUGCACUGGUCCACAAACCCGUCUGCAAGGACAGAAAGUACUUAUUGUCAAGCACUAACGGAAAGAAGGACAGAACAACAAACUGUAUGUAUGGAUAAAAAAGAUCACCGGGUAAUAAACACUGGUCCCAAACCCCAGCCUCCUCCCCCUCCUCCGAGAACUUGUAUCCCGUUUGGUCUGAGAGUGAACACACUUUCAUCUGGUCUACCUAAACAAGAGGCAAGACAGCAAUCAGAUAGUUUACAUUCCUAUCAUAGUUUAGGAAAACCACAGUUGGCCCCCUCUAAUGUCAGACUCAAAGACAGCUCCAGUGAAGAUGAGCUGCACAAAAAUACUUUGCCACAGCAUAUCCUAGGCAAUAGUAGUGAUGCUAGGGACAGGCCCCAGGAAGUGUCCUCGGGAAGUGAACAGGACAGUGACAUAGACGUCCUCAGGGAUAGUUUCAGGAAACGGUCUAUAAGAAAGAAAAAGAGAGACAUUGCAGCUUAUGCUACACUUAUUAAAGAAUCUGAAUAUAACAGAGGUCACUUAGUGAAUGAUGCCAAAUGUGACCUAGGCUAUGAUACUGGUUUGUUGGCCCUUUCACAACAGAGACAUGAUUCCCGGUCCAUUAUAUCUAAUAGUAGUUCUAAUACUGUUGUCAAAUCUGAUAUUUGUCCUACAGAACAAAAUGUUUUGGGUGCCUCAAGCAGUGCUUCCCAUGAAACUUCCACACAGCGCAUAAGAAGUAUAUCUGAAAGCAUAUUGCCAGCAAAUCCAAGUCAAUUAACUACAUCACCAAUUCCCAUUGUGUCUCGGGUUGCAAAAGUUAACAUUCCACCCUUUUUGCCCAGCCCCUGUGGCUCCAGAAGCAGCAGUAGAUAUUCAAGCACUGAAACCCUCAGAGAUGAUGACCAUUUUAGCUCUUUUUUCUCUGGUCAAGGACGUAGCUUCCAAGGAGGUUCUGGUAUUUACCGAUCCCCAAGUUAUGGGCAACAUGAAAGUAUGUCAAGGCAGCUGGUGCGCCCAAGGUCAAAGGUGCCCUGUAGCAUUUCAAAAAUAAAAAAUGAAAAUGUUAGUGAUAGUCAACAUUACGACCCUGAGAACAGCUCCAAUAAAAAGUCAAUGUCCAACCCAGAUAUAGCAUCAGAUACUCUUUGCCUGCUAAACUUAUUAAAAUCUGAUAUUUCAGACUUGAAACUGAAAAAUAGAGGGUGUGGGGCCAGUGACAAGGAGGGAUUAUAUGCCAAGCAUGAGAACUACCAGGGUACUGUUGGGUCUCAAAACACACUAGCCAGAGGUAGAUCAGGACAGGAGAGGUUGCAACAAGGAAGUCGUCCAACGUUAAAAGACUUGACCGCUACUUUACGUCGCACUAAAUCUUUUACGUAUUCUGACAAGUUAGGGUCCAGAAGGCUUAAUGCGCACAGUUCCAUGAAGCAAAGUUCAUCUGAACUUAUGUUAGCUUGCCCAUCCAAUAAUGAUGCCAUCCAUUCACAGAGGGAUGUUGAAAGUGAUGUGGAAAGCAAGAAUGGAGGUGAAUCAGAUGCAGCACAUGACAAAUACAUUCAAGAAGCAAGGCAAGUAUUUGAGAAAAUAAAACAGAUUGGUUCCCAGGAUGACUAUAGUUUUGAUAAAGAAGUUGAAGAACAUCUCAAAAGUGCUAAAAAAGAAGAGUUAGAGACAGUAGUUGGUGAAAACAGUGAUAGACAAUUUUUGAAUAAUUCUGCAGUUGAAGAAAUUGCGUCAUAUGGGAAAUCUUUAGACUUGGACUUAUCUGGACACGAAUCUAGCAUGACCGAUGAAGGAAUUGUAACGGAAGUUGAACCUGCACCUUGUACUUCAUAUCGAGAUAUUGGUCAGACGCUCACUGUUUGGAAGUCAACAGGAAAUUCUCAAGAACAAGGUGAAUACUUGCAAAAACGAAAUGGAGACUUCCAGGUACUGUCACCGAAUGACAACUUAGAAAGUGAUAAAUGUUCUGAAGUUGCAGCCAACAAAGCAUACACUCAAGGACCUCUAGAUGCCCCACCAACACCUGGAACAAUUAGACGAAGAAGGAAAUUUCCUUCUCUUGGUAAUGGUGGGACAGAUUCUAGCAGUGGGAGCAAUGGUGAGUCUGGAAGUGAAUCUUACAGAUCUCUGAGUGAUCCAAUGCCCCAUCGAAGGUAUUCCAUCACUGAAGAUCCAGCACAGUUCUCUAUGGACAGUAACCUGCUUGGAUCAUUAAACGCAAAGUCAAUGAUUUCAGAUUCCUCAGCCUCUGCUCUUUCUGAAUGUACGGGUAGUGCUGCUAGUGUGCUGUCUUUCAGCAGUGAUGGGAUUAAAGAUUACAACACGGUCAUUCAAAAUAUUGUCAGUCAACCAGGAGCUCUUGAUAAAGUCAUUGAUGAAAAGGGAAAUGGCAAAACCAUCAAGAAAAAGUCAUUUAGUGACCCAAGUCGGCGAGGAGAUUUGGCUACCCCUGGCCAUGAAGACUGUAGUGAGCCUUCAAAAGAACUAGAGCAGUCCAUCCUAGCAUCCAGUAGCGAGCCAAUAUUAUCUGAACAAAGAGAUGAACUGGAAGAACUUGAAGAGGUCGAAGAGGAGACUGGAAAGUUGCCUAUCGAAGCAGAAGAAAAUGGGUUGGAGGGAAACCAAAACUUGAACUUCGACCCCAACCUUGUAAAUGUUUUAUCCCCAAGAAUGGUUCGACGCAGUUUUAAAAAGCGCUCCAAUAAAAUUAGUAGUCAAGAUGUUAACAAAGAAGGUGAGGAACCAACAGAUGCUUCUGCUAAAUCUAGACUACCCAGCAAACAUGUUCGCCACACAAGCGAACCGGCUGCCUUUAUACCAAUCUCCCCUCCUGAAUGUAAAGUGUUAAGUGGUCCCUUUUCAAAUGCCAACUCUACAAAACACCCCAUUAAACAAUAUCCAGUUUUGAUAAGUCCCCUACUGGAGGAUGCAUCAAAAUCAGGGCCAACUGGCACAGGUGACUUUAAUAACUUUGGCACUUUGGAUUUGCCUAGAACAGCACCAAGUACUCCAACUACUGUGGAACCAAAACUACUGAAGCUUCCCAGGCCACAAGAGGAUACAACCAACAGAAGCAAACCCUUUGUGGAUAUGAGGAAGCAUGUCUUCCUGACUCUGCUCGAUACUGAACAGUCGUAUGUGGAAUCCCUGCGCACGCUGAUGGAGGGUUACAUGAAGCCUUUGAAGCAGCCGGAAAAUUCCUCCAUGUGUGAUCCAUCUCUGGUGGAUGAAAUCUUCGAUCAAAUCCCAGAAUUGAUGGAACAUCAUGAACAGUUCUUGGAGCAGGUCAAUCACGUGGUGCAGAACUGGCCUGACAUCCAAACCGUGGGUGACAUCCUGGUACAGUCUUUUUCCAAGGAAAUCCUGGUCAGCAUCUACUCCGCUUACAUCGAUAAUUACCUCAACGCCAAGGAUGCUGUUAGAGUGGCGAAGGAAGCCCGUCCUACCUUCAUAAAGUUUCUGGAGCAAUGCACACGGGAAAACAAGGAGAAACAGGCCCUGUCAGAUCUCAUGAUCAAGCCUGUCCAGAGAAUCCCCCGCUAUGAGCUGAUUGUGAAGGAUCUACUCAAACACACCCCCGAGGACCACCCAGACUACCCCUGCCUACUGGAUGCCCAGCGUAACAUCAAGCGGCUGGCAGAAAGGAUAAACAAGGGGAUGAGGAGUGCCGAGGAGGCAGAGAGAGAUACCCGAAUACUGCAGGAGAUUGAAUCCCACAUUGAGGGCAUGGAGGAUCUGCAGGUUCCCUUCCGGAGGUUUGUCAGACAAGAGAUGGUGGUGGAAGUGAAAGCUGUCAGUGGCAAGAAAGAUCGUUCCCUGUUCCUGUUCACGGACCUGUUGCUUUGCACCACACUGAAGAGGAAAUCCGGUUCUCUACGCCGAAGCUCCAUGAAUCUGUACACCGCAGCCAGCGUGAUUGACAUCUCCAGCAAGUACAAGCUUCUCUGGAAAUUGCCCCUGGAAGAUGUGGAUAUUGUCAAAGGGACAUCCCAAGCCUCGAAUCGGGACAGUGUUCAGAAAAUUAUCGGCCGGCUGGAUGAAGAUCUGAGCACCAUGGGGCAAAUCAGCAAACUGUCGGAAACCCUCAGCUUUCCUCAUCAGAGCCUUGAUGAUGUCAUCAAAGACAUGAUGGCCUCUGUGCAUCGCGAGCUGGCGGAGAAGCAGUCCCUCUCCUACUCGAUGUCAUUCCCACCAAACAAAGUGGAGUUGACCACCACCAAGGCUGAUGGCACCGAUUCCUUCAUAUUCGAAUUCAGCAGUCCAGACGCCAGGCUGCACUUCGAGCAAGGCUUCGAGGAGGCCAAGAAGAAGCUGGCUACCAGCAAGAACCGCCUAGACCCAGAAUUCCUGAAGGCCAUCCCCAUCAUGAAGACACGCAGCGGGAUGCAGUUCUCAUGCGCCUCCCCCAGUCACAGCAGUUCAGACAAUGUCCAUGAGGUCUGGGUGUGUAACAGCGAUGGAUAUGUGGGUCAAGUCUGCCUCCUCAGCAUCAGAAACGAGCCAACGGUAGAGGCCUGUAUCGCGGUGUGCUCCGCCCGAAUCCUGUGCAUCGCUUCUGUGCCCGGACUGAAGAGGAACUACAGAGACAGGCCAGCAGCUCUGACCAACCAGAGGUCUGAGCGCCUCCCGCAGAACUCUCUGGAUGAAGCGGCGUCCCAGCAGUGCCUCCAUAUCUCCAUCUCCGGCUCGUCUCUGGAACUCUCCGAACACACAGACAGUGCCAGCCGGGAUUUGGUGCCGUUCGAUAGCGACGACACCGACGAUGAGUCCUCUCCUAGCCCUUCGGGAACCCUCCAGAGUCAGGCCAGCCGCUCGACCAUCUCCUCCAGCUUUGGCAAUGAAGAGAUGCCGAGUGCUAAGGACACCACAGCCGAGACCACCAGCUCGGAGGAGGAGCAAGAAUCUGGGUUCCUCCCUAUUCCCACCAACUUCAACCAGAGCCGGGAGAGCGAAAGCCCAACAGACGGACCAGCAGUGAGGAGAUCCAGCCGCAGCUCUAUCACGCGGGGCAGCCUUGAGGACCUCAUGAGCAUCGACCCCGAGGCCUAUCAGAGCUCCAUGUGGCUAGGCACUGAGGAUGGCUGCAUUCACGUCUAUCAGUCUUCUGACAACAUCCGCAACCGCAAGAACAGCAUGAAGAUGCAGCACACAGCGGCCAUCAUGUGUAUACUAUAUCUGGACAACCAAGUGUUUGUGUCAUUGGCAAAUGGAGAUCUCAUUGUUUACCAGAGAGAAGCAGGAAGUUUUUGGGAUCCUCAGAACUCCAAAACGAUUUCUUUAGGUUCCCCUGGAAACCCCGUCACCAAAAUGGUAUCCGUCUCUGGAAAGCUCUGGUGUGGAUGUCAGAACAGGGUCACCAUCUUCAACACAUCAUCCCUGCUUCAAGAGCACAUGUUCCACAUUGGACAGGACCAGAACCGCUGUGUAACGUGUAUGGUCAGCUCCAACCAAGGGAUGUGGAUCGCCCUACAGGGAAGUGCCCAGGUCCGGCUUUAUCACGUUACCACGUUUGAACAAUUGGCGGAGGUGGAUAUUGCACCGCCUGUGCACAAGAUGUUAGCAGGGUCUGACGCCAUCAUUCGCCAGCACAAAUCGGCUUGUUUACGCAUCACGGCGUUGCUCGCUUGCAAGGAUCUCUUGUGGAUCGGGACCAGCGCCGGAGUGGUUCUGAUCCUCUCCAUCGCUUCUGGCUCCACCUCCCUGAAGGGUCCGCUCUGUCCGGUGGGUCUAUCACAGGGUCACACUGGACACGUCCGGUUCCUUACCUCUGUGGAACUGCCCGAUGGUUUUGAUGUUUACUUCCCCGUACCUGGAGAGCAGGCAGGUAACGAGCAAGCGUGUGACGCAGAGAAGAGGGACUCCUCCAGGCACCGAACUAAAUCCAAACUCUUGGUCAUCAGUGGAGGCGACGGCUACGAGGACUUCCGACUCACCAACAGCAGUGAGACUGUGGGCAGAGACGACAGCACCAACCACCUGCUACUCUGGAGGGUCUGAAGGCCGCACAAGGCCAAUGUUACGCACCGGACCCUCAUCUGUUUUGCUGCUUCCCAUCACACCUUCAGCUCAUCCGCCGGCUUGUCCCGAGCAUCUAACCCGCACACCUCCAUUCACUACCUUCAAUGCCGCCAGGUUCUGAAGUCACCACCGGGGAGGGUCAUUCGGAGGAGCUGCUUGUCCAGGAAGGGAUGGAUGUACUGUGUACAGGAGCAGGGUCAUUUUAUUACAUUGCCAAAGUCCUUCGCAAGAUGGCGGUAUGGAAAUCGCAGUACAAUAAACGUGCCUCCAACUAUGAACAAGAGAUCUUUAUCUAUCCGGGAAUUACAAUCAGCCACUCGGCUUCUGCAUCUUCAAAGGUAUUAACCACUGGCGAGCGAGCAGUGACUCAGAAUCGCCUACGACUGCUGUCCGUCACGGCUUUCUCCAUGCGCAUUUCAUAAGAGCGUCAAAAAGCAACCGAGACCCUCGGGACUCGAUCAGCCAAUAAACUUCCGUGUUCGCAGGGUCCGGCUGCCCACAUCAGUUCUGUGGCUUAAAAAAAAAAAAAAGAAGACAGACUUUUAAGUGUUGCCUGGUCCGCCGGCCAUUAUUUUUUUAAAGAUGUUCUUAUUUAUUGUCAAGUGAAAACUUGUGUUUUGAAGUUUUUUAAUUUUUUUUUUUAGUGUGCGUGUGUGUGUGUGUGUGUGUGUGAGGAAACUGAAUCCUGCGGAUCAUUGAUCUCUAUCAUGGGGGUGGUAGAGACAAAGUAUAUGACCUUUUUAGUAGUAUUUUUUUUUUUUAUGGAAUUCCAUUUAUGUCCUAAUUAAAGUGGUUCCUCACCAUAAGAGGCCUUUAAAGAAGCACUCCACUGACACUCUGAAACCACUUUGUAAUUCUAUGGACACGGCUGUGAGAGCGCAGAAGGACGCCUCUGUUCCCUGGGCGCUGAGAUAGGUGUUUGCUGAAAGUUCUGCUAUCUUCUGAUCAGCCCAGAUGCAGGGAAACCUGAAUUUCAGCAUUCUUCCAGAUGUGGAUAUCCACAGAGGUGAAGGGUUUCCUACAGCAGAAGGACGGUGCAGGGGAUGCCUUACAUUUUAGUUCCAGUUCUGUGCAAGCCCCCUUGAGAAAGCAGUGAACCAGACACGCCAAUAGGAAGAAAGGUGUACGGGGCAAUCCUGUGCACUUUACAUUCUUACUGCUUUUAGGAAAUCAUAUGUGCUGCAAAAUGAUGGUCAUUUUUAAUAUCGACUUACAGAAUCGCUUGUGUAGCAGAUAUUACUAUUAUGCAUUUAAGGAGGGCCUCUUCUUAAAUGGCUACGAGUAAAGUCUUGCUGUGGAUAAGCAUAGAGUAAUGGAAGCUCUAAAAUCCUUUUCUUAAAGUGACUGGCCUCAGGUGAUACCCAGAUAUGAAACAAAUCCUCCUACAUAAG